CUGGAAACAGCUCAACAUUUUAUUUACAUCACACAGGUCUACUUUUGCUAUGCCGUUGUUAUCUGGGACUGGGCCAUCAGCUUGCCUAGAGAAUGGCGUUUUAUCUGGAAGACCCAUUGGACGCCCGUUAAGACUGCAUAUCUCUUCUGUCGCUACUGGGUUAUCGCCGUCGUCCCGUACCUUUUAUAUGUUUUCGUCACCAACCACACCGAAGCAGAGUGCCAGAAAAUUUACAGGAUUCCUGUCGCAUUGGCCAUGUGGAACCAAGUCGGAUCCGAGUCUGUUCUGCUCAUUCGUACUUACGCGUUUUUCAACCGCAAUAACUACCUUCUGGCCGCACUUGUGUGCGCGCUAGCCGGUGUCGUUGGGUAUCAACUUUUUGUUGAUACUUCCGAAAUGAAUCUUCUUCCGUUUGUCACUCCACCCUUUACGGAGGGGCCAUGUUUCCCUAUUUCUAAGCCCCAUUCAGCUCACUUGCUCGGCGAGUUCUCAUUCAUUGCCCCACUUAUGUUCGACACGAUCGUUACUGCCAUUACUGUCUGGAAAGCAUUUACAAUUCGUCGUCGCAGCGGUGGACCAAAUAGCAAACUCAUUCAAACUUUCCUUGGAGAAGGUGUCUUCUACUAUAUUCUCAUCUCUAUCGCCAACUUGAUCAAUGGAAUUUUCUACCUUCAACCUCGUCAAGUGAUAUCUGCGCUCAACAUCCCCCUCAGCGUUAUGAUGGCGCCAGUGCUGGCAUGUCGUUUGAUCCUCGAUCUCCGUGAACGUGGCUCGGAGGACCAUUCCCAUUCAGAAGGAACAGGUGUUAGCGCAUUUGCAACAAAAUCCGGUGUGGUUACUUCUAAUACUGGUCGCCGCGGAAAGCCUGGUCGUGUUCGCCGCCACGCCCCAGGUUCGACGAUCGCGUCAAACGUUAUGUUGAGCACUAUAGGGAGUAUUCAGCCCGAUCUUGAAGCAGCUGAGGUGGAGCUUGACGAGAUGCACUUUGAGCUCGGGAUGGGUUAUUCUGGGGAUAGCACGCGCUCACUGGGUUCGGUAGAAAAUGCCACGCCAGCCCCCGCCUACCACUCAAUCGAGAUGGGGUUUAACGCUCGGCCAGGAAGCGCGACUGACGAGAGUGGAGCGGCUGGCAUGUCAGGGAUCUCAGGGAUAAGGAUUGACAUAGAGAAGACAACAUCCACGAUAUGAUGACCAUAUAUCCAGAUCAGCACCAGCCGACUCUACGCUCUCCGAGUCCCAUUCCCAUUUCUGCUCCGGAUCGCAUUGCAUUGAUUCCAGAUUUCAUUGAUAUCCACGCAAAGGACGGUUCGUGCAUUCUGCACUUGCAUUCACUAGACUACGCCAUGCCGACACUCGGAACCUGUGCAGCGCGUACAUCAACGUUUAAUCAUGUACUUUUAGUUUCUCCUGGACUAGCCAAGGUUUUCAAGUACAUAAAAACUACUCGGGUUUUAUACCCGUUUGUGCCGUUCCCGUUCUUUGAUACUCGUUCUGUUGAUGCCAUGUAUUUUUGUGAACCAUACGUGCC